GUGCCCCAUCACCACGUGCGCAGCUGAUCCUCUUUCAACCUCCUUUCGCUGCACCUGCGCGUGAUCUCCAUGGGAACGUCGUCACGCAGGAGGAAGUGUUGGGAGGACUAGUUGACAGUGAACUCGAUUAGCAUGGCAGCAAAGUGACUUGGACAAGUUCCACAAAGGGAUACAGCAGUUCUGCCUAGGAGGGCCGACCCCACCGAGUUGAAAGCCAUUUUUGAAAAGUAUGCCAGCGUCAAGAAGAAUGAUGAGCGCUUCAUGUCACCGCAGGACUUUGUGAGUCGUUUUCUCCAUGCCCACACAGACAUCCAGCUGUCAGACGAGGCUACAAAGCUGCUGGCUGGAGUGGUGGAUCAGAAGAAAGAUGGGUUGAUCUCCUUCCAGGAGUUUGUAGCGUUUGAGUCGGUGCUGUGUGCCCCAGACUCCCUCUACAUGGUUGCCUUCCUGCUGUUUGAUAAAGCAGGCAGUGGAAUGACCACUUUUGAAGAUGUGAAACAGGUCUUUAGCCAGACCACCAUCCACCAGCACAUCCCAUUUAACUGGGACUGUGAGUUCAUACGGCUGCACUUUGGCACACAGAGGGACAAGCAGCUCAGCUACGGAGAGUUCACCCAGUUUCUCCUGGAGAUGCAGCUGGAACAUGCACGUCAGGCUUUUAUCCAACGGGACCAAGCCCACAGCGGUUCCAUCUCAGCCCUGGACUUCAGGGACAUCAUGGUCACCAUCCGGCCGCACAUGCUCACAUCCUUUGUGGAGGAAUGCCUCGUGGCGGUUGCGGGUGGCAGCACAUCUCACCAGGUCAGCUUCUCGUACUUCAACGGCUUCAACUCGCUUCUCAACAACAUGGAGCUGAUAAGAAAGAUCUACAGCACCCUGGCUGGCCACCGCCGAGAUGUGGAAGUCACCAAAGAGGAGUUCAUUGUGGCAGCUCAGAGGUUCGGCCAGGUGACACCCAUGGAGGUCGACAUCCUCUUUCAGCUGGCUGACCUGUCAGAGCCCCGAGGACGUGUUGGUUUAGUGGACAUUGAGCAGAUCGCUGCACUGGAGGAAGGCGCCCUUCCCUACAACUUGGCUGAGGUCCAGAGACAGCAGUUGGGCAGUGACGUCUCCCGCCCCGUCCUCGUCCAGGUUGCAGAGUCGGCCUACAGGUUCUCCCUUGGCUCAGUGGCGGGGGCUGUGGGUGCCACAGCAGUGUACCCCAUUGAUCUGGUGAAGACACGCAUGCAAAACCAGAGGGGCAGUGGCUCCUUGGUGGGAGAGCUCAUGUACAAGAACAGCUUUGACUGCUUCAAGAAGGUGGUGCGCUACGAGGGCAUCUUUGGCCUUUACCGAGGUCUUGUACCACAGCUACUGGGUGUGGCGCCCGAGAAAGCCAUAAAGCUCACAGUGAAUGACUUUGUGCGAGGAAAGACCAGACAGAAUGAUGGCACAGUCCCGCUGGCAGCUGAGAUCCUGGCCGGUGGAUGUGCUGGUGGCUCCCAGGUCAUCUUCACCAACCCUGUGGAGAUUGUAAAGAUCCGUCUGCAGGUGGCAGGAGAGAUCACCACAGGGCCGAGGGUCAGCGCCCUGUCUGUCAUCAGGGAACUCGGCUUCUUUGGACUUUACAAGGGUUCCAAGGCAUGUUUCCUGCGGGACAUCCCCUUCUCAGCCAUCUACUUCCCCUGUUACGCCCACAUCAAGGCUCACCUCACGGAGGAGGACGGAAGGAUAGGGCCAGCCAAGAUGCUGUUUGCUGGAGCGCUGGCAGGCAUGCCGGCGGCCUCUCUGGUGACCCCGGCUGACGUGAUCAAGACCAGGCUACAGGUGGCGGCACGUGCCGGCCAGACCACCUACAGCGGCCUGGUGGACUGUUUCUGGAAGAUUCUCAGAGAAGAGGGACCCCGGGCUUUCUGGAAAGGAUCUGGAGCUCGUGUGUUCAGAUCCUCGCCUCAGUUUGGAGUGACCCUGGUGACCUACGAACUCCUCCAGCGCUGGUUCUAUAUCGACUUUGGAGGACAAAAGCCAUCUGGCUCAGAGCCCACCCCCAAGUCUCGGAUCAGCCUGCCGGCGCCCAACCCCGACCACAUCGGAGGCUUCAGGUUGGCCGUGGCCACGUUCGCUGGCAUCGAGAGCAAGUUUGGGCUCCAUCUCCCACGCUACAUGGUGGCCACGAAAGCAACAGCGGCCCCCUCCGAUGUGAGCACCCCCUGAACCUCCACAGGUAGGGGGGUAAGUGAAAGAGAGGGCUUGUAUGUUUUUCACCAAGUCAUUGUAGUAUUUUAAAUUACAUAUUUAAGGUUAUUUAUAAUGUACCUUCUUAUAAUCAUAUAUAUGGUAGUCUAUAUGCAACCAUAUGGAUUAGUGAGCAGGUACUCAAAGAAAAUACUUUGUUGGACUUGUGCAGCAUUUGUUUUACCUUUGAUUGACACUGUAUAGACUUGUAUUAUAAUGCGGUUUUGUUUUUCAUACAGUUCAGCUGGUUCAGUAUAUGCACACAGGCAGCAGAAGGGCUGGCAGAAGUUUAAACACACCUUAACUGCUUUUGUUUUUGAACAUACUAUCAAAAACUACAUACAGUUGCCGCUUUUUCCAGUGUCUUCUUUUUGUUGCUUUAUAACCAAAAGCACAUUCCUCACAUGAUCAUAUAGCUAGCUAAAAAGAAAAUCUAUUGAUCAUAAAUGUGGCACUUGUGUAUAUAUGAGAAAUCCAGAGACAUAUUUUCAUAUCUAUAUGGCUGUUUUGCUGUUUUAGUUGUUAAUCUUUUAAUUGCUCAUUUGAUCAAAUGUAUCCACAAGAAUAUGACCAAAAAGUACUUGAAUGUAAAGAGACAGUGUAACGUUCUGAUUGUACACAAUGUUUACUGUAAGAUGUUUGGAUUCAGGUCUAAAUGUAUGCAGAUGUGUACAUAUCUGAGAGACAGCUGGCACCGACUGCAGCUCUGUAGUGUGUCACAACUCAGUAUUUAAAUGUGUACAGUAUAGAGAAUGUAGGAGUUACAUAUGGUUUGUAAUAACCGUGCCUUACUGUGCGUAUGGCAGCAACAUGUGUACCAAGAGUAAAG